GCUUCUCUGGACAAGCAAGGAACACGACUCUUCUGGCUGUUUGCGAGUAGUAUCCCUUCUACUUGAAUUUCUCUCAUAGAAGACAGCCAAUAUGGGGGUGUCGAAGGAUGUUAUAGAAGAAAAACUUAAGGAGAACCUGGAAGCAACGCAUAUUGAAGUUGAAGAUAUGUCAGAUGGAUGUGGAGCAAAAUUUCAAGUUUUGGUUGUUUCACCAAAGUUCAGAGAUGUCAAACCAGCCAUCAAAAGACAUAGACUAGUGCAUGCAGCCCUUGAAGAUGAAAUGAAGAAAAUACAUGCCAUUCAGCUGAAGACUCUGGCACCAGAAGAAUGGGAAGAACAGAAGCAGUCCUAAUGUUUUGUGGGGGUGUGUGUUUUAGGACUAAGUGAGCUGUUACAUCGUCAUUCAUAAUAUUGUAUGUAUAAAUGCCAGAAUGAAGUGAUUCAAGUGCUCUACGUCCAUAUGACAUUUCUUUUAAAACAAUGGUUUCUUGUACUAGGGCUCAUUAAAUUUGGUGAGAGUU